GAGGCAUAAAACCCCCUUGGAGUGAAUAAAUCGUCAGAGAUGGAUUAUAAUCACUCGUCCCAUAAUACCACCCCAUUGAUUCCUUCCCUAAACCAGUGGAGCCCCGAAAAAAAAAGAAUUACAAAGACAUUCGUUCGUCUAAUUGUGUCAAAGUAAUUUUAAAAAAUUGUCGUCAUUCCCUUCGAGGAAUUAGUGUGAAAAUCAAUUAAUCAGUGUCUAAUUGUUGAAUUGAAAAAUAGAGGAGAAUAUUUAAAUUAUUUGAGAUGCAUGGGGUUCUGUCAGAUCAUCUGAGGUGGAGGAGGAGCUUCUCGUCGAUAUGGUUUAACUCGGAGUUUCGAGGAAGCCCAGUACGACGACGUCUUCGCGAUAGUUGUGAGACAUCCAAGGGAGAAAAAGUUCAGCCAUCAUGCGGGGAAACAGACCCUAGUAGCUGCCAAGUAUGGCCACCCAAAAACAAAAUUUCUACUUAUGUUUGAUGCUACUGCAAGAAGAGUAUUUCUGGAGACUGUAGUGGACAACGACGAUGGAAGGCAACAGAUAGAAAUCGGUAACGUGAAUGUGUCCGAACCGAAGAGGAACAUAAUCUUCAUGAUCCACCAGAAGAAGCCGAAUUCUAAGAUCGACGUCUACGUGGACUGCCGUCUCAGUGGAGAGAUUCCCCUAAAUACGACAUUCAGAGAUGCUAUGGAGCAGGGGCUUGAGGAGUCAACGUUCCAAGUGUUCAGGGAGAGAAAGUACAGUCCAAAGAUCUACAGGAGAUCGAGGAUAAGGGACGGUUGGAAGCACGCGGAGUGCCUCACGAACAAUCUACAUGACGUUGAUUACGAUUUUCCAACUGCCAAUGUCUCCACUAGAGUGAGGAGAAGGGGGGACCAGCCGAGUAUCCACACAAUCGACGAGAUAAAUGGUUGUAUUGGCGAACGAACGCUCAUUAAAACUCUGAAUUCACUCAUUGAAUUUACGAAACGAAUUUGGGAAGAGCUUCAGAUAAAUACCCAGGAGACUCGUUACAUCAGAAAGCUCGUUGAAGAGUGCAAUGCCUGCAAGCCAGGAUUCAUCGUAAUGCCCACGACCCCUCCACCCCCGCCGCGGCCAACCUGCAGUUACAAUCCACCUUCGUGUCAUGCGGCAGCAGCCUGCAGAGACACAGCGGCUGGUCCCACGUGCGUCUGUCCACCGGGUUGGAUGGGCAAUGGAAUCCAGUGCGAGAGGGUCCGCACUUGUCAGGAGAAUCCGUGCUUCCAGGGGGUGAGGUGUGAGGACUCGAGUCGAGGCUACAGAUGUGGGCCCUGUCCACCAGGAUACACCGGUGACGGCGAGCGCUGCAGCCGCAUCAUGAAUCACUGCGAGAGGAGUCCGUGUGGUCACGGCGGCUCCUGUCACCCCCACCUGGAGCAUCCGUACUACCGCUGCCAGGGCUGCUUACCUGGCUUCGUUUUAGUCGGCUCCGAGUGUCGUGAUGUCGACGAAUGUGAUCUCCACAAUCCGUGUGGACCACAGCAGGAGUGCAAGAACACACCGGGGUCUUACAGAUGCAUACAGUGUCCUGCGGGCUUCCGAGGCUCACGAGCUGGAUGUGUGGACAUCAACGAGUGCAACGAUGGACGAAAUGGGGGAUGCGUACCCAAUUCGCAGUGCAUCAAUACUGAGGGUUCGUCUAGAUGUGGACCUUGCCUCCCAGGGUUCAGGGGCAAUCAGUCAGUCGGAUGUCACGAGGCGGGUAACGUCUGCCCUGAUAGAGUUACCGUAUGCCAUGAACGGGCUUCGUGCAAGUGUAUCGUACCAAAUGUCGAAUACACUUGUCAGUGUCAAGUUGGAUGGGCAGGAGAUGGUUACGUCUGCGGUCUAGACACCGACAACGACGGACACCCGGACGAGGAGCUCAGGAGUGACGGGGAAAUAAUCGAAGCUGACAACUGUCGUUACGUGCCCAACAGUGGUCAAGAGGACGCAGACGGUGACAGCAUAGGAGACGCCUGUGACGACGAUGCCGAUGACGACGGUGUCCUAAACUCCUCGGACAACUGCCCUCUCGACGCCAAUCGAGAACAAGAGGACACCGAUCGCGACCGCAAGGACGAGAUCGGCGAUGUUUGCGAUAAUUGCCCCUCCGUCUACAAUCCAGACCAGAGAAACACCGAUGGAGAUGAGCUGGGAGAUGCCUGCGAUCCUGAUAUCGAUAAUGAUGGCCUUCUGAAUGACAAUGACAACUGUCCCUACGUCAAAAACGAGGACCAGUACGACAGAGAUGGGGAUGGAGUGGGAGAUGCGUGUGACAAUUGUCCAGGAGUAGCCAAUCGCAAUCAGAAUGAUGCGGAUAGGGAUGGAGUUGGUGAUGCCUGUGACAACAAUCGUGACAGGGACAGGGAUGGAUAUCAGGAUGACAUUGACAACUGCCCAGAUGUACCGAACGCCGAUCAACGUGACACUGAUAAUGAUGGAAAGGGAGAUGCUUGUGAUGAGGAUAUCGACGGUGAUGGGGUACCCAAUGUCGUUGAUAACUGUCCUUAUGUAUACAAUCCACGACAGGAAACAACGAAAGGUGGACCAAGUGGUGAUGCCUGUUGGGAUGACAACGACAACGAUACAAUAGCGAAUCCUUACGACAAUUGCCCGAACAACAGUCAGAUUUGGACAACAGAUUUCAGGAAGUACGAGACUAUUGCGUUGGAUCCAGUGGGAGAUGCUCAGGUCGAUCCCAAUUGGCUGAUUCACGAUGAUGGAGCGGAGAUUACACAGACUAUCAACAGCGAUCCUGGAAUUGCCAUUGGACUGGACAAAUUCGCUGGUGUAAACUACGAAGGCACGAUGUUCGUCAACACAGACAUCGACGACGACUACAUAGGCUUCGUAUUCGCCUACCAGAACAAUCGCAAGUUCUACGUGGUGAUGUGGAAGAAGAGUCCGCAGACCUACUGGCGUUCCGAGCCCUUCAGAGCGGUUGCCGAACCUGGAAUUCAGCUGAAACUCGUUGACUCUGAGACGGGACCUGGACGAGAGCUCAGAAACAGCCUCUGGCACACGGAGAGCACACCCAGCCAGGUGACACUCCUCUGGAAGGACCCCCAGAAUGUCGGCUGGAAGGAGAAGACCUCCUACAGGUGGGAGCUGCUGCACAGGCCCAGAAUCGGACUUAUCAGGCUCUGGAUCUAUCAGGGGGAGAAGACUGUCGCUGAUUCCGGGAAUAUCUUCAAUUCUGUGCUCAAGGGAGGAAGGUUAGGGGUCUUCUGCUUCUCCCAGGAGAUGAUCAGGUGGUCACACUUGCAGUACAGCUGCCGAGAAACUGUUCCCAAGAUCGUUUACGACGAGCUUCCAUCAGGCCUUCAAUCGAAAGUCGGCAUUGACACACCCAAGUAUUAAUAAAGAAGGAAGAAACUCCAGAAAAAAAAUUAGACUAAUAUAUUUAAACCCAAUGAAUCUAUUUUUUAAAUAAAUAAUUGUGAGACAAGA